AUAAUGAAUUUAUAAAGAAGUGAAGUACUUACUGUACAGAAGUGCGUAAUGGUGUUCACUCAUGCUCAGCAUAACGACUUGUUCAGCUUGUUUUCUGCAGGCAGAAGGCAUGAUGCAUGCAGUGAACUGAGCACUCCAUGGAGAAUCCGGAUCGGAUCUUAGAGAGGCGAAGUGAAGGAGUGAUGGGGAAGAUGUCACUUGUGUAUGAGUGACAUAGUGGGUAGGAAGUACGGGAUGUCCGACCCGAAACGAAAAGAAUGGAAAGAGAGGAGCGGGCCGGGAAGGGAAGAAGGUGGAGAGAUCGGAGAAUUUCGGUGCGGCACGCAAGCACUUUAUUUUCCGAGAGGAUUGAGCCAAACGUACUCCAAACUAGGAGGGCUCGGUCGCCUUGUGUCGGUUUGAUUGGGUUUAAUGUGGAGUAUCUGGGGCAUGGCAGCACAAUAUCCUCGUCCACACAAACGCUGCGAUCUUCUUCGUCGAUGAAAACGUGCGUUGAGGAUGUGGAGCUGGGCCUGGAAAGUCUUGGACACGUUGGAAAGGAGCAAUGGGCGUCGGGCUCGCGUUCGACGCCGAUUGAGAAAGAUUGGGGCCCGGCCACCCGGCGGGCGAUGGUCAAGUGCACAGAGUUAAGCAUGCACAGGCAGGAACGUGAGGAAGACGUCGGAUGCUGCCGCUCGGUUUACUGGGGAGAGAGAACAUCACGUCCAUGCAGGUGCGAGCUAUGGUAACCGGACUUUGUGUAGGCAGCGAGCAAUGCACCACGUCUACUCGUGCGGAAGAGGAGGUGGUCGUAUGGUAGAGAGAGAUCAAUGAAUGAGUUGUCAAGAGAUGUGAGAUUUCGAGUCGGGUGAAAAGGCCGGUCUCGCAGGGUGUAUGAUGGAUGCGCGAGAGCGUACGUCAGGAUGGCCAGAGGUGAAGAUGAAGUCGGAGUCGGAGCUUGGUUUGACGCGAUUCCUUCUUAUCUUCUUGGCCUGUGCGAUUCAAGGAAAUAACAGUUUCGGCACAGUGCGAACUUGGCGUGCGAGUACGUCAUUAUGCUUACUCGCCUAGGCGGAAUCAACGAUAAAGAAUUCCGCUUCCACUUAUAACUUUUAGUCGACGACUUUCGUCUGCCCUAGUUGGUACAAGGCACGCAAACAUUGCUGCUCCUGGGCCACUGUGAUGGCCACGGCAAACAAGCCCUGCCGCAGCCCCUCCAUCUCUGGAAAUCUGCCGGCCAGGAUAAUCUGCCAGUAGACGUACUGCCGUAUAUGCGUGCCACCCCGUCGCGCGUCGCUGUGUGUGGUGCUGCUGAGGGGGAUCUGGUAGAAAUGUAGAUGACUGCCCCUGUCCAUGACGACUUCUGGAGCGCCAGUGGAGUGGAGUAGGUUGUAAGGUCUAGGGCACUCUAAAGAGGUCGGCCAGAGGUCAGAUGUCUGAGAUGCGGAAAAAGGAGUCGGAAAGUCCCCAACUCAAUCAAUUCGUCGAUCAAUCACUCAAGAAUGCUCCCCGUCACUGUGCCAAGGACUCUGGACUCGUCGACCUUGCCACAGACAGACUGACGACUGCAUUCAUUCAAGUCCGCAGUUGUACCAUCCGAGCUAACCGUAGUUCGCCCCGCGCGAAGCGCUCCGUAGGGCUUUCUUAAAGAGGACGCCCCGAGGUACAUCACGGCUUACCAUCCCACGUUCAUGGCUGGUAGUCGGGCCUUUCGAGCUCGGCCUAUGGGAGAUGCCGCUAGCGAACAUUGGCGAGCGGCCGAUCGAGAUCGUCGCUGGCAGAUAGUCUCCAUGCGGGUGCGGAGUACAUAACCGGUAGCCGAUGCGCACGUCUGAAGUCGCUUUCAGCAACCGCAGCUGCAGCAGCGGAAGCUGCUGCUUCUGCUUUGGUAUGGAGCCAGACGCUGCGUAAUAUCUGUCCACGACCUUUUCGAUGUUCAACGCCGGGCAGAAUCUUUAAAGCUUUGAUAGAGCGUGAUCAGAUAGCGUUCCGACUGUACUCAGUGGAUAUUCGAUAGAACACGGCACCCCGAGGUGUAAUCUGCACUCAGCGCUACGGGGUUUGAAGUAAACAAAGUACGCUCUCUUCGAGAGUUCAGUUUGAUGCUCGUCCCUCAUCAUGCAGAGCUAUUAACAGAUCCCACGAGGCUACUAGGCUCAGGACUCUUUUCUCCAUCAAUCGUAAUACGCUAGAGGACGUGGCUCUCAUCCCGCACAACCAGGCAGGCGUCCUCGACCAGGCAAUGGGUCCCAAACUUGAUACAGGAACGCAAGCUGGUGGGUUGUGGUCAGAGAUUCCGGCGUGAGCCCGCGCAGCUGGCCACGGAAGAUGUUGCAGUUUUCCCUUCAGGCCCUUCGUUCAUGGAGCUUUGAAAAGCUUGGAUGCACAUACAAAGGGAAAUAGUCUUAUACACUUAUUGACCUGGCACGGCCCGGCCCGACCCAACCGACCCCAUUAUUUUUUUCCGUGCGCAUGCACCUCAUCCUUCCGAGAACUCAUCAUCUUCGGCCUAUUAUUAGGUUUUGUGCGUUUACUGGGAUGAAUUGAGAGCAAGGCGACAUGAGAAGAGCGACAGCAGAUUUUACCGAACGAAUUUGAGGUUGAUCACUCGCCAGCGUCUCCUGAUCCUUUUACUAUUAAAUUUCUUGGCCUUUCGACCUUGCAUGUGCACAUCCCUCCAGUUCCCAAAGCCAGAAGAACCGUCCCACUGCAUUCCCCGUUUAGUUUACACACGCGCACACACACACACUCUCGUCACAUGCGAUGUGUGCUUGUGGACUUCCAGAGCAUGGUACUUACACUGUGCCCAUGUUUACACAACUACCGCCGUUUCGCCACAACCUCAUUGGUCGAACGAAUAUCUGGACCGAACCACCAGCAGCUUUCUUGCAGACUCGAGUUUUACAACGUCCUCGCAGAAACUCCAGCCACGGACAACACAUUACCGCAACCCAUUUACUUCGCGGGAGUCUUGCCGAAUUUGUGGCUCGUACAUCAUUGACCGAUUCUUGUAAAGCACAUUUUCCACAGUUCCUACCACAGAGAAAUGGUGGUGGGAACUGUGGCGAGCCAGGCUAAGCAACUUUCUUCGCUUGUGGGAGACGAGACCAUCGGCGCAUGGCCUCCUUCCGUCCUAACCCCCUCCAAAACAAAUGUCACGCGACAUAUUCUUGGUCGGGGCAGAGGAGCAGAGAGAUGUAGUCAUCGAGCUGGAGUCUUAACUUCCUACCUACUCCAUGCAAUUACAGUAUGUGGCGACCCUUGUAGGCUGCACCGAGCUCUCGUGUGUGAUGAGGGCCCAAGUGGACUUCUGGCCUGUAGACAACUUCUGCUCCGUUUUUAGUCAUCAAUAGGUCAUCAAAGUCAUUGAUUGGAAUCCGUCCCCGAGAUUUCUGAACAAUUUGUCCGCUGCUCCAUCAAGAUAUAUAUAUACCCGCAGGUACUACCACCACCAAGUCUCCACACCUCACCCUAAACCCAGAGUAGAAAUGUCACCUCACAAAUCGGUCGCCUGUUCUCAGUUUCUCUCUCUCGCCCUCGGGCCUGCCAGCCAUCCAUCCAUCAGGCAUCCUCCACCCUGUUUCUCUUUGCUUGAAGCCUGGCUGCCUGCUGCCUGCCUGCCUGCCUGCGUGCUGACUGCCAGCCAGUCAGUCAGCCAUGUCAACUUUUCCCAAGCUCUUUUGUCCUCUAGGCUCUAGUGUCUACUCCUUCGGCCUGGCCAUACUUUGGCACCUUCCGAGAUUCCACGGGAAAGCCACUUCUGCCUAGCCAAUGGACGAAGUGCUCGCGCUGAGAGCGAGUUUGUGGAAUGAGUGCCCUCCCUCACUCACUGUACGCGUAAGUCUUUUCUCCUCCUCGACUAAGAUCCUCCAAAUCCUUAUCCCCAUAAUGCUCUCUUACAACACAUGCACUUCAUGGGGUCGGUCCGCCCUUGUCCUCCUGCCUCUGGCUCGCUGCCUGUCCUCUCCUC